AUGGCAUCACUGCAAGACAGUAUGAAUAGCUUCAAGAAGCAACAAGAGAAAUGCCAGUCAAGCCCAAAGAGCAAAAGCAUUGCAGAAGGUAUUUCUGUUGCUGAUCUUAAAGAUGCCUACCCUACUAUCGUGGAAGAUUUACAGGCCCUGAAAGCUGCUACAGAGAUAUGGCUAUUAUCAAAUCCCGACUUGAAGGAAGACAUAGCCUACCCCAAUGAUCCUCAGGUUCCCUUUAAGGUUGAUGAUGAACUGAAAAUUUUAUUCAGGGCAAUUGAGUUGCCACACGACAUGCUAGAGAUCGAGCUUGAUUUGCAGAAAAAUGGCAUGAAGCCUGCAACCAAUGCUGCUAUGAGAAGAGUAAUGGCACAAAAUGGUAAUAUAUGUAACAAACCAAAAGAAAAGAAGAAGAAGAAGGCCAAGAUUAGUAAAUGCACAAAGCCUACAAACGCUCAUCUUCGUGAGCUUUUCCGAAACCUUAAUGGGUAG